AGAGCUUACUGAUAUACUUUUGAUCCCCUCUUCUCUCCACUCGCGGUGCUCUGAAGACGCUUCUCUCCGAAGCGCAGAAGCGGUUUUAUGAGAGCCUGAGCCUGCAACAGACGAACUCGGUGCGUGGCCACGAUUGUCCAUGGAUCUGGCAACCCAAUCGGCCUACAGCACGUCAGAAAGCGAAUCUUCAUGCCAGGAUCAGGGAGUCACAGAUCAUGAAAGAGCGCGGAAUCAUGUUUCUGACGACUCGCACCCAAGCUGUGCCCCAAGGGUCGCUGGGCCGGUUACUCCGCCAGCCAGAACGUUCCUCGAGAGCGAAGGAAGCACUCCUGUCUCAGAUUCGCUAGCGCAAUCCUUAUUAGAGAACAGGCGUCGGGGUAUAUAUUUCCAUCGUCCUCCGGUUUUGCUGCUGGGCGGCACCGGUGGCGACGGCGCUGGUUUGUCUCGUAGUGACGAUAUCGACCUGCGAUAUCCCUCCGGUGGUGGAGUUGUUGGACGAACAGACCUCGAGGAGGGUUUAGCAGAGCCUUCCAACGAACUACCGGAUUCACCAAGGUUAGCCCUCCCGAAUUUUCCAGCCGACACUAUCAGUCCAAUGGCAGUUUCAGAGCAACAAGGUGUCUCAGCAGUUGCAAGUAAUUCCCCAGAGACCUCUAUUGGGGUAUCGCUUGCCUCCCAUGUUGCGAUUCACCAAAACUCAGUACAUGGUGGCUCCACAGACUCUAUAAAUCUGCCAAAUUCAGAUCAGAUCCAACCCGAAAAGAUGUCGGGCCAGCCCAGAAAGAGGAAUACUGGUAACUCUAGUCCACUAGCUAGACACCGUCAGGCACUGGAUUCUGGAAGUGGGAACGGUGGUCUAUGUCCACAAUGCAUGCACAAUUUAGCGGCAUCUCGCGACCCGCCACAGGAGACUGUUCCCCCAGUCGUGCAAGAAGAGCUGCUAUGGGACACUGAGCGCCUGGUCGGCAUGAGAUAUCUUGAAUCGUAUCGAGAUAUUAGGGCCUCUCCGGGUUCGAGAAACCGAUUCGCGAUUCGAAGUGGGUGCCGUGUUAUUUGCAUUGGAGACACCGUUCCUUGCAAAGACGACGAAUCACGCGAAGACUCCUUUAAGAUAGCGUUUGGGGACGUUUAUCUGGUUCUUCGACUGUAUCCAGAUCUUUGGGCUUCCUGUAUCAGAAUCGACACUUCUACCCCGGUUUACCCUUUCACACCCAGGAGUGGGUUCAAGCCUCGAUAUGCAACUACAACUUGGCCCACCUCAACUAAUGCCAUCAAAUUCUUACCUCUUUGCUGCGUGACCAUAGAGGCGAACUUCAGAAAAUAUAUUCGGUGUCACCCAAUGUAUGGCAAUGGAAGCCAGGCCAUCACCAACCCAAGCACAGGACAGGUUGUCAUCCCCCCGAAACGGAAAGAGAGCUUAGCGGCAGGAAACGAUGUUUUGCACCGUAAUGGUAGCAUUUUGAUACCGCUAGACUUUUACUCCCAACUGAAUUACCCUAUAAUGAGCAGAGAUGCACCCUAUAUAGUUGCGGAUCCUAGGGAAAAGGGGGACCCUGUGGGCCAUGUCUGUGAGUCUAUGCCCGUCUAUUAUGAGCCUAACCUCCCGAACGCCUUUCCCGUGAAGAUUUCGAAAAUGCAGUGGCUUCGGAAAAAGUUUCUUCGGCAAAGGCAGCAAGCCGAGUCGCAGACAAAAUUUCCGCCCCUAACACCACAUGCAAAAGACCGCGCAGAAGGUGCUGGGUUGAUACAAACGAGGCAUCCGGGUGAUAAAAGCAGCAUUCAAGCUCGGAAUGCCGAAAUUCUAAAUAAACUAGUAUUUGGAGCCCCGUCACCAAACCAGGACUUGGCAGCAGCUGAUGCUUCUUGCUCGCCUCAGACACAGGGAGGCGCGCAAAUAUUAAAGAUUGUACCUGGUUCGAAGCAAGUCCUGGGCACUGCUGUAUCUGAGCCUUCACCUACUUCAUUUCCGCCCCUUGUUGACCGCAUGUCACGCAGCCGCUCUGGCUCUAGGUUCGGGUCAGCUUUGGGCACUCGGUCACUUACACGCUCACAUUCAGCAAAAUAAAGCAGUCUAUGCGUGAGGAAGGGGUGAAGUCCGAGUCAUGCAUGGGAUGCAGCCACAGAGAAAUUUGUUAUUGUUAUUGGGCAAUGCAGGAUGUUAUUGUACAGGCUUUACUCCAGGUCUAGUAACAUAUCCCUUAGAUAUGUAUCAGGCUUUCAUGCUUGCUUUCUUUCAUCCUCAUGUUACUUAUUGAAAGUAUCUCAUGGACUUUUUCAUAGCCCAGGUGAACUGCUAA